AAGGCGGAAGGAGAUGAGGCACCGUUGGGUUCCCUUAUUAACUUAAUCUGUGGGAAGCCCUACAUAAAUCAUUGAAUUUCCUAGUCUUGAUAGAACUAGAUAUUUGUACAGCAAAGUCAAACAGAAGAUGGAGGUUCCUGCACAGGGAGGCUUUGACGCUGUUCCAGUCCUGUGCCUCUUAAGCAUGCAUUUCUUUGAAGUCUGAAGCUUAGGAGUCUGCAUUAAUGAUCAAGGGACAGAACUGAAUGCUGAAUUCAUACGAAUUAUUUUGGAGGCGAGGAGAGCAUCAAGUGAUCUGGCCUACUGAAGAGGGGACUGAAGCCAUCUCUGAGAGGAGAUCUUGGACUUGCAAGAGGAAGGCCCUGUGUCCUCCCACGCGUCAGAACUGCUCCUCCUUACUAAGGAAGUCAAAGUGAAGGAAAUAGGUCAAGGGCAGCUUUUCCGUUCCACCCAAAAGGCACCACAGUUUGAGAUGAGGAAUUCAGAAGAGCAAGCAGCUACGACAGUUUUGCAGCGCCUGCUGCAGGAGCAGCUCAGAUACGGAAACCCAAAUGACAACCGUAACCUUCUUGCCUUACAUCAACAAGCCACAGGAAAUGCCCCCCCUUUCAACAGCACUGGGAGUCCAGCAUCUCAGAACGAAGGGCUGAGCUCCCAGGACCACCAGCUUGUGACUCAUGCUGCCCGUCAGGAGCCCCAGGGCCAGGAGAUACAGGUGGACAACAGCAUCAUGGAGAAGCAGCUCUCCCCACGACUUCAGAACAGCGAGGAUCUCCCGACCUAUGAGGAAGCCAAAGUCCAGUCGCAGUAUUUCAGGGGCCAGCCGCAUGCUAGCGUUGGGGCAGCCUUUUAUGUAACGGGGGUCACCAACCAAAAGAUGAGGACUGAAGGGCGGCCCACAGUUCAGCGUGUGAGCCCAGGGAAGGUCCACCAGGAUGAAGGACUUAAGGACCUCAAGCAAGGACACGUCCGCUCCUUGAGCGAGAGGCUGAUGCAGCUGUCCUUGGCCACCAGCGGUGUCAAGGCCCACGCGCCUGUCACGAGCGCACCGCUCUCCCCCCUCUCUCCGCUUUCUCCUCAGCAGUCAAGCGACCCUUAUAAAAAUUCUGGUUCCAAUGAGUUCUACAAGAACUCGGUGCAGCCCCCUUCCCAGCCCAACUUGAAAGGGAUGGAGCAGCGGGGUCCUCCUCCCGAGUAUCCUUACAAAAAUGUGUCCACCCCAUCCAUGAACUGUAAACCUCAGGACUCGGGACAUUUCUAUAGUGAUCAUCGCAUGAGCCAGCAGGGAAGAUCUGAUGGGCCUAUGAUGAGGUAUCAACAUCCCCCUGAAUAUGGGUCAGUCAGGCAGAACCCAGAUGUGCAGCUGCAGUUACAACAGAGACCACCUCACCACCACAGCCCAACUUCUUCCUUAACGUCCUUGGGAUCUUUGACCUUGCUUCAGUCUCCGCCACCAUCCAGGCUGUCCCCUUCCCAACAUCAGCCACCCCUGACCCCAAGCCAGGGAGAUCCUGCCAUUCUGCCACGGACCCAGCAGCCGUUCUUGUCAAACCAAGUCCAUCAGGGAGAUUUGUACCGACUAUGUCAGCCCUUCCUAGGCCCGCAGCAGCAGCAAGGCGACUCCUAUUCAGUAAUGUCCAGGGCUCAGCAGAUACCUUCCCCGUAUCAGCAGAUGCAAGUAGAUCCUUUUGCCAUAGUUUCCAGGGCCCAGCAGAUGGUAGAAAUCCUGUCAGAAGAGAACCGGUCUUUACGACAGGAGCUGGACGGGUGUUAUGAGAAAGUAGCCCGGUUGCAGAAGCUGGAGACAGAAAUUCAGCAAGUUUCAGAGGCAUACAAAAACCUGGAGAAAUCAUCCUCUAAGCGGGAUGCCCUGGAAAAGGCCAUGAGAAAUAAGCUGGAAGGAGAAAUUCGUAGGCUUCAUGAUUUCAACAGGGAUCUGAGAGAACGCAUGGAGACGGCCAACAAGCAGCUUGCAGAGAAGGAAUUUGAGGGGUCUGAAGACAAUCGGAAAACCAUCUCUCAACUCUUUGCACAAAACAAGGAAACACAGCGGGAAAAGGAGAAACUGGAAAUAGAGCUGGCUGCUGCACGUUCCACCAAUGAGGACCAGCGAAGACACAUCGAGAUCCGAGACCAGGCCUUGAACAAUGCUCAGGCCAAGGUGGUGAAACUGGAGGAAGAGCUCAAAAAGAAACAGGUCUACGUUGAGAAGGUGGAGAAGAUGCAACAGGCAUUGGUUCAGCUGCAGGCAGCGUGCGAGAAGCGGGAGCAGCUGGAGCAUCGGCUGCGGACCCGGCUGGAGAGGGAGCUGGAAUCUCUCCGCAUGCAGCAGCGCCAGGGUACGUCUCAAGCUGCCAACGUCUCAGAGUACAACGCCACGGCGCUUAUGGAGCUCCUGCGCGAGAAGGAAGAACGGAUUCUCGCUCUGGAAGCUGACAUGACCAAGUGGGAACAGAAGUACCUGGAGGAGAGUGUGAUGAGACAGUUUGCUUUGGAUGCAGCUGCAACUGUGGCUGCUCAGAGGAAUCAGUCCUCGCUGAAGUCAUGUGAGAUGGGGGACACGACAGUGAUCAGCCACUCGCCUAACCCUAGCUAUGACACCUCGCUGGAAGCUCGCAUUCAGAAGGAGGAGGAAGAGAUCCUGCUUGCCAACAGGAGGUGCCUCGACAUGGAGGGCAGGAUCAAGACUUUGCAUGCUCAGAUCAUCGAGAAGGACGCCAUGAUCAAAGUCCUGCAGCAGCGCUCCCGGAAGGAGCCUGGUAAGACAGACCAGCUCUCCUCGAUGAGACCCGCCAAGUCGCUGAUGUCCAUCUCGAACGCUGGCUCGGGCCUGCUGUCCCACUCAUCAACGCUGAGCAGCACUCCCAUCCUGGAGGAGAAGAGGGAGGACAAGAGCUGGAAAGGCAGCCUAGGUGUUCUGCUGGGAACAGAAUAUCGCUCCGAAUCCAUUCCCUCCACACCCUCUCCAGUCCUUCCUUCCACCCCGUUGCUGUCAGCGCACUCAAAAACAGGCAGCAGAGACUGCAGCACCCAGACCGACCGGGGGAAUGAACAAAGCAAAACUGCAUCUUCCACGGCAGCUCCCACCCCAGGGCGACUCCCUGGUACCAGCCUGGCCUACAGUGCGGACAAAACAGAUGGGCCACUCUUCCACUCCAGCACUCUCGAAAGAAAAGCCCCUGUUCAGAGCGUGGGGCAGGACCUCCCAGAUGGAGAGAUGGUAGAAUACCUCAUCUGAAAGGCUGAACUGGGAUCUGAGCUGGGAUACAAUAGCAAGAAUUUUUUUAAAGACAUUUUUAUUGGAAAAAUUUGUAGUACCUGAGUAAUAAAAAAAAAAAAAUACUCAGCUGUUUACUCUUGUAUAUUAUGUCUCAAAAGUAUGGACAGGUUAAUUUAUAAUUUGUUCUAAAUUAUCAAAACCCUGUAACACUU